GAAGUUUCUGAUCUUCUUUCUUUCACCCACUUCUGACCUAUAAUUGGACCUCUUGGUGAUCAAUAGCAAUCACGCAUCUAGAGAGGAUGACAUCUUCCAUGGCCUUUCAAGGACGACCUUCUUCCUCUUCCUUACACUUUUCUUCUUCUUCCUUCCGACCAUGGAAUCAUGAUGUAUUCUUGAGUUUUAGAGGUGAAGAUGUUCACCAAACCUUUAUUUCCCAUCUAUACCAAGCUUUGCAUCAAAGUGGAAUCAAUACUUACAUAGACAACAAUCUUGAAAUAGGAGAAGAAAUUUCGCCAGCACUUUUCAAAGCUAUUGAAGGAUCAAUGAUUUCUAUCAUUAUCCUAUCUAAAAACUAUGCAGAAUCCAGAUGGUGUUUAGAAGAGCUAUUGAAAAUUCUUGACUGCAAAGAAAAAAUGAAACAAAUUGUUCUCCCAAUAUUCUAUGACGUAGAUCCAUCAGAAGUACGACAUCAAAAAGAAGAUUUUGGAAAAGUAUUGACCAAACUUUCAGAGAGAAUCAAGGAUAACGUAAAGGUGCUGGAGUGGAAGGCAGCUUUGAAACAAGUAGCCGAUUUGUCUGGAUUCCCGUUAGCGAGCUUCCGGAAUGAAUCAGAACUUAUCAAAACAAUAAUUCAAUGGGUGGACUUAAGAAGGAUAAACCAUGCAUCUUUACACGUAGCCAAGUAUCCAGUUGGAAUAGAUUCUCGUGCACAAGAUGUUUAUCAGCAUUUAAGUAUUGGAAGGAAUGAUAUUACAUGCAUGAUAGGGAUUGUUGGAACUGGUGGAAUCGGUAAGACAACUAUUUCAAAAGAGAUCUAUAAUAUGAUUUCUUCUCAAUUUGAAGGGAGUUGUUUCUUGAAAGAUGUUAGAGAAACUUCAAAGCGAGCGGGUGGUCUAAUUCAAUUGCAAAAUAGACUUCUUAAUGAAAUCUUAAGAAUAAGUUUGGAUGUUCGUGAUAUUGAUAUAGGAGUCAAUGAGAUUCGGCAUAGACUUUGCACUAAAAGAGUUCUCCUCAUUUUUGAUGAUGUGAAUGAGUUAAUCCAAUUAGAAAAUUUAGCUGGUGAUCGUAACUGGUUUGGUUUAGGAAGUAGGAUUAUCAUAACAACAAGAGAUCGACAUUUACUAAAUAACCCUAAAGCUGAUUCAAUAUACAAGGUGGAGAUAUUGAACAACAAUGAAGCUCUUCGACUCUUUAGUUGGCAUGCUUUUGAGAAAGAAGAACCGAUUGAAAAUUAUGUGGAACUCUCUAACAAGUAUUGCAAUAUGCUCAAGGCCUUCCACUAAUUUAAAAAAUUUUAGGUUCAGAUCUAAAAGGUCGAAGUUUACAUCAAUGGAAAGGUGCAUUGGAUAAGUAUAGAAAAACUCCCAACGGAAAUAUUCAACAAGCACUUCAAACAAAUUAUGAUGGGCUGGAUGAUAAUGAGAAGGAUAUGUUCCUUGAUAUUGCAUUUUUCUUCAAAGGAGAACUCUUGGCAAAUGUUAUGAAAAUAUUUGACAAUUGUGGUUUUUCACCAGAUGAUGGUAUCGACAGGCUUAUAGACAAGUGUCUUAUUAGUGUUAAACCUAAUAGAGGUACAUUGUGGAUGCAUGACGUGCUACAAGAUAUGGGUCAAGAAAUUGUUAGACUACAAUCACCCAAAGAACUUGGUAAACGCAGUAGAUUGUGGUUUCAUGAAGAUAUUCGUCAUGUGUUGGAAGAAAGUACGGGAACAGACAGAGUUGAAGGCAUAGUAAUAGAUUUGCCGGAUGGUGAAGACAUGAUAAACUUGGGUUCUGAUGCGUUUGUAUCAAUGAAAGGACUUAGAGUUUUUAUAAAUCGUAAUGCACGUUUUUCUGAAAGGCCUAAUUACCUUUCCAAUGAGUUAAGAGUACUCGAUUGGUCUGAAUAUCCUAUGCAAUCUUUACCACCCAAUUUCAAUAGAAAGAAACUCAUUGUCUUUCGAAUGCGUAAUAGCUUGAUCAUGGAGUUAGGCCAAAGAUUCAAGAACUUGACGACUAUGGAUCUCAACUAUUGUAAUUUCUUAACAAAAAUUCCAGAUCUUUCAAGUGCUUCAAAUUUGGAGAGCUUGGAUGUCAAAUAUUGUGCAAGUCUAGUUGAAGUGCAUGAUUCUGUUGGAUUCUUGGACAAUCUUUUUUAUUUGGGUUUUGAAGAAUGCCCUAACCUCUCGAUAUUUCCAACAAGCCUCAAGUUGAGAUCUCUACAUUACCUUACUCUUGAAGGUUGCCCAAGCUUUUGUAAUUUUCCUGAAAUCGAGGGUAACAUGGAAAAUUUACAUCAAUUAUAUUUAGAGGGCGCUGGAAUUGAAGAACUACCUUUAUCCAUAGGGAAUCUAGUUGGGCUAAGGACUUUGCGUCUAAUGAACUGCCAAAAUCUUACUCAUCUCCCAACUUGCAUUCUUCAAUUGUAGCAUCUAGACCAAGUUUACAUCAAUGGUUUUCAAAAUAAUUUAAAUUUUGGAAAGAUGGGUGAUAACAGACAAUCGGUUCUAGCUAUUGACUCUACAACAAUAGAAGACAAGAUCAUAUCGUCAAGUGAAGACCAACUCCAUGAUUUGCAUCCUCCAACAAAUUCAAGCAAUGGGAGCACUGCAUUACAAGUGUUGAAUCUUCCGAAUUGUUCCCAAUCAGAAUCAGAUUUCUUUCCAUUAUCAGAUUUCUUUACAAUGUAUAAGUCCUUGGCCAAUAUUUUGUUUCACUUAGAUAUAUCGAAGAGUACAAUUGUUAGCCUUCCCACUAGCAUCAAAGGAUUUGUCAAAUUGGUUUUGCUUGACUUAAACCAUUGUAAGAAACUUAAAGAAAUACCAGAACUUCCACCAAAUAUAGAAGAAGUACGUGCUUGGGGAUGCAAGUCAUUGGAAAGAUUUCCAGAAGUAUAAAAAAUAUUGCAAUUCUAUAGAAGUGACAUCAGAUCGUUACAAUUGAUUAACUUGACCGGCUGCGACAAAAUGCACGUGAAUAUAUGGAAUUUUCAUAAGCCAAAUCCUUUAUUCAUGCAGAAGGUAUCUCUCUCUCUCUCUCUCUCUCUCUCUCUCUCUCUCUCUCUCUCUCAUACAUGCUUGUGGUUGCCUUUGAACAUUAUAGUUUGUAUGACUGAAAAUUGAUGGCAAUCGAUUCACAGGGAUAUCAUAAAGUGUCAUCAGAUAGUGGGCGUUUUAUGAGGCCUGAUGAGGUCCAACUGAGUGGAACAAAAGCAUGGGUUAUAGAUAUUGAGGGGCCACACUAUUUGAAGAAUAUUAGUGGGAUAGCAUUAUAUUGUGUUGUGCUUUUUAAACGAGAUGACUGGGUUUUGAAUAAGGUAAGAGCUGAUAUAUCUUGUGACAUCUCAAACCAUGUAUGCUGCAUUGAAAGAGGGGUUCAACUGCUUAAACUUGAUCGUCAUUCAAUGAGAUAUAAAGUGUGGGUGGCAUACUCAUCAAUAGAAUCUUUUAAGCUUGAGGUUAUCAACAAUCUUAGAGUUCAUUUCUAUAUCGAGCAUGAUCAUAUAAGUAAGUUUAUUAAAAGUUGCGGAGCCAAUGUGUUAUACAAGGAUGAAAGGAGAGCAAAGGAAGAAAAAGAAACGAGGAUGGAACCCAUCCUCAGCGAAGAUGGAAAGUUUCAAAGAAAGAGGCUUCGACUUGGAUGACAGGCUACAACCAAACAAAUUGUUGGAUGAACCAGCUCUGAAAUGGUCUUCAUUUCGACUCGCACUGCUUUUAAAAAUGGAUGAAUUAAUGACAUCCCAUGUCGCCCUUGUUGGUCACUGAUGAUUGCCAAUUGCCUGCCCUUUCAUCUGCAACCAACGUUGGAUGACCUUUGAUUUCAGGUAAGAUUUCCAUGAAUAUGGUCCAUUCCUUUAGUUCGAGUUCUUACCUGGGUUCAAUUAUCAAUCAGAUAGGAAAAGAUAUUGAAGUUUUAUGUAGCAGUGAGAGAACAUACAAGCACAAUUGCAGCAGUGGGAAAUAGAAACAACUCAACUCUGGGGCCAUCAGACUCCAUUCAAUACAUCCAAAUCAGGGUGAAGAAUCACCAACUCUCCUGGCAAUCAUUGAAGCAGUCAACAAAAAACUGGAUAAGGUGAUCACUAAAGGAGAUCUGCACAUCUCAUAAAUUUUGUAAAUUUAUCCCAUCACUGACCACAUAUCAUCAGUACUAAAAAAGACAUUGGUUCCCAAACCGAUUUUGAAUUAAUGAUAACCCAAGUAAGUUGGUUGCCCCUAUUAGUACUAUGUCUUUUGUGAAUCGCCUGGCCUUUCAUAGAAGUCUACGCAUUUGUUCCUUCUCAAGGGAUUGUUUCCUUUAAUAAUUGUUCCUUCUCUCUACGUAUUAUAUUUGUUUCCCUUUCUUUCUAAAUACCUGUAAUAGACGACGACGCAACUACAGGUGAGAGUUUGGGAGGCUACCGUUGCUAGGGAUCGAGAUCUGAAGAUGGUUCGAGAGGAAACGAAGUACAAGGGUAACACGUGAAGAAGGGACUUCUAGUUGCUGUGUACUUGUUCCCAGGCUGGGCCCUCAAGAAGAUCCUGAUGGGUUAAGGCUCCAGCACCCAUGGCCCAUAGUUAUCUUUUCUUACUUUGUUACAUUUAUAGUUCAUAGAAGUCUAAAUGGGCCUCAGGCCCUUUUUCUAUUUUAAGAAGACUAGUUGUAACAAGGCCGUGGCCUUUAAAGUAUUUCCUUGUUUUUAUUUCAUCUGUAUGUAGGAGUCUAACCGGUUUGGUUCUGUCCUAUUUUGAACAAAAUUUUUGACCGAAUCGGUAUACACCGAUUUUGUAUUUUUCAAAAUCGAUUAUGUACCAAUUAACCUCCAAAAUCGGUACUCCGGUUUUACCGGUUUUCAA